AUGAGGGAUAUGGUGUGCAGUGAUAUAUUCAAAUGGAUCUUAUUUUUUUCUUCCUUUAUUUCGUUGACCAGUGGUCAGAUUCUAUUAUCGAAAAGGGAAUUAAGUGUGAGGAUUGGCCGAAGUGUGUAUUUUCGUCGAGAUGACCUCAGGUUUGGUCGGACAGAAUCCAAUGGAGAUUGCCGGGUGCAGGUUGUCCAAAAUGACCCUAUUACACUCAGAGUCGGACGACUGGAACCAGAGAUUUUUGACUGUGACUACUUACCUAACACUAUCAAAUAUACACACAGUGGGUCGCCGUUACUGAGGGAAGACCGCAUCAAACUACAUGUCUACCGAUUUACACCGACAGUGACCGAAUCUGAAACGUUCUACAUGAAUGUUGAAAUCGUUAACACUACCAGUAGAGUAGUUUUAACCCGAGGACUGAGAUCAGUAGUCGUUCCUGAAUUUAACGGAAUUUCAAACACGAUAGAUGCAUCCGUCAUUCGAUUCUACCAUAGCGGAAUACAAAAUGUAACAUGUGUGGUGUCCUUUUCCAAAUACUUGUCACAUUGGCCUAUUGCUGGACAAAUUGUGAUGGGAGAAAGGCGGGAAAGAGUUAACGCUUUGAAGCGAAGUUGCCGUGAAUUCAUGUACAUGCAUCUUCACUAUGAACAUCUGCGAGGACCAAGCCCGGAUGUAGACUACCUCCCAUUGAAGGUUGAACUCACUGACCCUUCAAUUAGCGAUGAGACGAUAAUUGAGAGUUACUACUUGCCCAUACAUAUCAAAGGCGCGAUUCCCAACACUCCGCCACGUUCUUCCUUCAUGAGCAUGUACAUGAUGGACGUUGAUCAAUUUGUCCUCUCAACGAUCAUUCCUGGUGUGAUAGCCGCAGAAGACUAUGAAACACAAAAUGAUCAGCUUAUUUACAAUAUCAGUCGACCACCAGCAGAGGGAGAGGGUUUCUUCGUCAGUCUGGAUGACCACACAACGAUUAUCACAUCAUUUAAACAAGAAGAUUUGGAAAAUCACAGAAUUGCCUAUCAACCUCCAGAUUCCAGUAUUAACACAAACAAACGAGUAUAUGAAGCCGAAUUUGUAGUUUUCGAUAGCCACUUUUCAGAGAGUAUGCCAAUCACGCUCCACAUGGCAGUCCGGUCUUCCGCAACAAAUGCACCACGCGUAUCUUUUAACAAGGGCAUCGUUCUUCUUGAAGGACAGUCCCGAGCUAUUACUACGGACGAUUUACAGAUCGUGGACAGGGAUAACCUGAGUCGUGUCAGAUUGUAUGUUACAGGUGGAUUAAAGUAUGGUCGCCUUGAAAUCAAUGGCCGCCGUGCGAUCGCCAUCACUAUGCAGGAUAUUCAACGAAGAUCUGUCAUUUAUUACCAUGACGACAGUGACACGACAAAGGACUUCAUAGCUUUCCGAAUCAGUGAUGGCGUCAACACGGUUCUUGUGAACUUCCCAAUAACUAUCAUACCUAAAGACGAUAGUCCACCCUACCUCAUAAACAAUGUCGACAUGGACAUCAAUGAGGGUGAUACAAAACCUUUCACGACGGAAAUGUUGUUAGCUCACGAUACCGACUCUGUUGACCGAAAUAUAGUAUUUAUCAUUACACAUCCACCUAAAGCCGGUGAAAUUAUCCGCAGACUACGACCAGGCGACACGGGAACAAGAAUUAAUAAGUUCGUACAGAGAGAUCUUCUGAAAGGACAGAUAUAUUAUCAUCAUUUCGGUCAUGAGGUAUUCACCGAUUCUUUUCAGUUUAAAGUAAGAGACCAUGAAGACCCUCCUAAUAGAUCAGUUAUAGAAACAUUUCAUAUAAAUAUCAACCCAGUCCAUGAGAAUCCGCCUCAACUGGCGCCACAAGCUACCAGACUUAUCCAUGUUUCGGAGACUGACACCGCCUACAUUACCAAGGCGGAACUAGAGUACACCGAUGUCGAAACGGAAAAUAAUGAGCUGACGUAUAUCAUUACCUCAUCACCAUUCUUUGUCUACAAUUCUGGUUAUGAAGACGCAGGUAAACUUAUCCAGACACAUAACCUGACAGUGGUAUCCAAGAACGCGUCCAUUCCUGCAGUUCAGACUUUUAAACAAGCCGAUAUCAACCAUAUGAAGAUCGCUUACAUGCCUCCCAUGGACGACAUUGGUCCUGAAGCCCGACUUGUACGGUUUGUGUAUACCGUACAAGACUCCAGCGGAAACCAAGUACUCGGACAAUAUUUCGAAAUUGAUGUCCAGCCUGUUAAUAACCAACCACCAGCUUUUGUCAGCAGCAAACUUCUUGUCGAGGAAAGUGGUAUCCUUGGUCUGUCAGUCAACCAGCUGUCCGCUACUGAUUCGGAUACACUUGAGGCCGAUCUCGAAUUCAUCCUUGAUGAAAUUCCGAAUUUUGGAGUUCUGCAGAAAGAUGGGCUUACUCUGAACGAAGGAGGUACAUUUCAUAUGGAGGACUUGAAGAGUAAGAAUGUCAGGUACAUUCAUGAUGGUGCAGAGGGCACGCAGGACACAUUCACAUUAACAUUGACGGACAGCGUCAACAGAGUGACCAAAGUGUUUUCUGUGGAAAUUGUUCCUCUCGACGACCAAGCACCUCAACUCCGCGACAACUUACGUCCUCGACUGAUUGUGUCAGAGGGAAGUGAGGUAGUGAUCUCCCCUCAAGUCCUCUCUGCUACGGAUGAUGAUACAAAUGAUCAGGAGCUCGUUUUUCUUAUUGUUAAACAGCCGAAGUAUGGAAUCCUUCGUCUUGACGAUCGACCGACUGUAAAAUUCACUCAACAGGACGUAGAAAACAGGAUGGUGAAAUACAUUCACACUGGAGGAGAGAUCGGUACAACAGUACUUAAGGACUCCAUGACUCUGAUCGUGUCAGACCAAAGAUACAUGGGCACUGCUGAUCUACCAUACUAUGAUUUGAACAUCACGAUAACACCUGUCGACAAUUCCCGCCCUACGAUCAUCACAGGUGAACAGGUACAAGUGCCAGAAGGAGGGAGUUUCGAGAUUGUUCCCGACGUUCUGACGGCGAAAGAUCCAGACACUCCACCUGAAGACAUCCAGUUUUUCAUCGUAAAUCAACCUCAAUGGGGAUAUCUAGAAAAUAGAAAACCACGACCUGGAUCGGAGAAAAGUAACGCUGGUAGACGGAUCAUGUCAUUCAAGCUUCAGGAUGUGAUUGACGAAACAAUCAGUUAUGUUCAGGCGACACACAGAGGUGUGGAACCCGUGUAUGACGAAUUUACGUUAUAUGCUACAGACGGAACUCUGAAAUCGGACGAGGCGACUUUUGUGAUUCGGAUAGAUCCGCAGAACGACGAGGUUCCAGAUCUCAUGAUACAAGACAUGUAUCUAAAUGAAGGUGAGAACAUGAUAAUAGACCAAACAAUGCUGGACGCGAUAGACAUGGAUAUGCCAAAGGAUCAAAUCACAUUGUCUAUAUCACAGGAGCCCGAACAUGGUGACAUAGUAAUAUUGCUUCCCACAGACAACGGAAAUAUUGAAUCAGCCGUCGCAGACUUCACCGUCGACGAACUCCACAGUGGAAUGCAACUAAAAUACAGACAUGAUCACUCGGAAAAUUUCAGAGAUAGGUUUGCGGUGACAGUGUCAGAUGGACGAUACGAGGUGAAAAGAAUAUGUAACAUCACAAUAACACCCAUUAAUGACGAGGUGCCCGAGAUAACGAAGAACGCCGGCCUGCAGAUUGAGUAUGGAGACUACGGCCUCAUAUCUAGCAUUGUGUUACAGUCCAUGGACCCAGAUAACAGCGAGAAUGAGGUAUACUAUGUACUUGCUACAGUACCAAGGAAGGGAUUCCUGCAGUUCUGUACCGACCCAUUCACUCCUGCGAGAUCAUCAGAAUGUGAAGAUAUGUCUGAGAGGAUGAACUUUACACAACAUGACAUUGACAUGAACAGGAUUCGCUACAUUCACACAAACAGUAUGGGUAACGCUGAAACUGACAGUUUUCAGUUUAUGUUAACGGAUGGAAUUAACAACAGGCAAAUAGAAACCUUUGAAAUUCUUAUAAGAAAUUCCAUGAAAACGAAUUUGGCUUUGCUCAACAAAGGGCUGGAGGUGAGAGAGGGAGACAAAACAGUUAUCACAACAACAUGUCUAAGUGCAACGGACGAAAGUACAAAAGUCGACGAAAUUGUUUUCGCCAUUAUUCGGCCGCCAACGCUUGGACAGAUCGAGUAUAUAGACCGACCACUGGUUAGUAUAAGUAGUUUCACACAAAUGGAUCUUGCCGCUCAGAGGAUAGUAUAUAAUCACUUAACGAAGAGUGAUAUCACGGACGAUUCAUUUACAUUUACCGUAACAAAUGGCUUGAGUGAGGCCAAAGACGGCGAGUUUAGGAUUAACAUUGAGCCAUUGGAUAGAGUCCUUCCGUCUUUGAUUACGAAUAAUCUUAUCGAGGUUGUGCAGGGUGGUGAAGUCGUUUUGUCACAGAACCUUUUAAGGGCUCAGGAUCCGGACACUGCAGAUAUGAAUGUUACCUACUUAUUAGCGAAACCUCCAACGUUCGGUCUACUUUAUAACCGUGGUAUUGUCAUCACACAGUCUUUCACACAACUUGAUAUAGACAGAGGGCACGUUAUAUAUGAAAGCUACGGCUCCCAUGCUGGUUUGGACAACUUUCUCUUCAGCCUAAGUGACGGAAAACACAGUGGGUUUCUCGUCAAUGGUACUUUACAACUUACACCUGUCAUUUGUAGUGUAUUUGUUAAGCCCAUUGCUAACGAUGCUCCGAAAUUACUAGUCUCAAGUCAUCCUGACGUCCUUGAGCAUUUUGGAAAAGGGAAAUACGGUUUCCGCUUGAAUAACAGAAACCUAAAGGUUGUUGAUUCCGACACAGACAAUGAAAACUUGAUGUUCAUUAUGACAAAACGGCCACUUCAUGGACAGAUCGAAAAUACGGCGACAAAACGUUACAUUCGAAGGAAGUUCUCACAGGAGGAUUUGAACGAUAACGAUCUUCGCUAUGUCCUGAAUUCAAGGACAAGGGCCACAAAUGACUCUUUCAUGUUCCGUGUGAUAGAUUCGAGAGGAAACACCCUGGACAAUCAAGUUUUCUCACUUAAAUGGUCGAUCAUCAGUUUUUCCCAGACCCGUAUGAUUGUCUGUGAGAACAUCGGAACUCUAAGCAUUCGCUUGGUGAGACAAGGAGCUGUUGACCAGAUGGCAUUUGUCGGCAUUAAAGUAUUCGAUAUGUCGGCCAAAAAAGGACAAGACUUCAUUCCGAGCACGGCUCAGCAAGUCCAGUUCAAUCCAGGUGUGGCUAGGGCGACAUGGGACGUUCUUAUCCGUGAUGAUAACCUGCUGGAGAAUACUGAGAAAUUUAGGAUCGCUCUUGAAGAACCAGUUAAUGCCGUAUUAGGAAAGAACAACAAAGCCAGCGUUAGGGUUAUCAAUUCUGAAAAUGGAGAAUGCCCCCAGUAUUUUGGCAUGAUAAGCAAACAUAACAUUGACAGUAACGAAGGUGACGGAUUCUUGCUCCCAGGAAGUGACGUCAACGACGAAACGGAAACGAUUUUUCAUAAUAUCAACCCGAUAGACACGUCAAGUCCGUUCGACAGUACUUACAAUACUGACCCAGCACAGACUUUGUCCUCGUCUAACUCUGCGGCGAGGUCAUCCGUCACGGCUUCACGUUCGUCACAACAAUCAUCGUCCUCAUCGGACACAUCCAACAGGAACAAUGAAAACGAAACGGCGGCAACGCGAAGGAAGGGAAAGAAAGGUAAAAGAAGGAGUAGAUCUAAAAAGAGGAGGCGGCACGGUAAUAUCAAGAAAUCCAAGAGAAACAAACACCAUCAGCCACAGUCUAAUGGACAACCGCAAGAUCCUGACUUAAUCUUCACAAAUCUACCAACUGCUUCACAGAAAAUACAGGCACCACAAAUAUGUGCCAAGAGUACUAAGGGCUUGCUCCACUUCGACGAGUUUGCACAGAGAAUGUACAAAUGUGACGGCGAGAGCUGGAAAUCAUGGAACCCAGACUCGAACCAAGAUCAACCAGAACCAACAACAAGAUGUCAACAAGGCUGGUCAGAGUACGACGGAAGAUGUUACAAAUUUUUUGAAAACAAAAUGUCCUGGGAAGCAUCCGAGCAUCAUUGCCAGGGAUCGCAUAGUUCUCAUCUCACCAGUGUCCGAUCUCGUCGCCACUACAAAUGGCUCUUGAAACUUGUCGGCAAAAACUCAUUCUGGAUUGGACUAAAUGACAAAGCGAACGCAAAGAUAUGGCGAUACGUGAAUGGAGAGCCCCUCGGCUACACGCGCUGGGCUCGAGGUCGGCCUCGGGUCAGAAGAACGGUACAUCGAAAGAACUGUGUUCUGGUCAACACCAGAAGGAAGUGGAAAAACAAACUGUGUAAUAAAUCGUCAAAAAGGUUCAUAUGCGAACAAUUUAUAUCAACGUCUUCUUCAACGUCGUCCUCUGUAACAUCUUUGAGAACGAAUCCCAAGCGCCACGUAUCGCGGGGUGGGCGGAGGAAUAGGAAGACGAGAGGCUUCCUUAAUCAGUUUUCAAAUUAAACUAUUUUUACUUUUA